CACGGCCCAUCGCCCGGCGAGUCCUGCGGACAGAUCCGUUUCCAAGGCCCGUCUCGGAAGGAAAACACGGGUGGCGCUUACCGGGGGCGUCCCAAAGACAGUCACAAAACACGGGGACCGUCUAAUUGGCACCGCUACGGUGCCCGACAAACGUCAGCAACAAAGAGCGGCCACGUUCAAAGCAGAACUUGGUCCUUCAGGGGACGGCGCUGCGCCGUUUGAAAACUCAUUACGCGCAGUGUCUCGGGCGGGAGGGGUCGGCUGCCUGGGCCGGGGUCGCAGCCUGCCCUCCUGGGGCACCGGCGGCACUACCUCCACGCGGCAGGCGGUGCAGCGGGCCUCUCGCGCGCGCCCGCCCACUUCCCCUGGUCGCGGGGCCGCGCCGGCGCCCGGGAACCUCGUGUCCUGUCCGCGCUCCCGGCCGCCAAUAAAGUUGCGUUCCGAGCCCACCGGAAGACCGGCCGUCAUCCGCGGCGCGCCGUCGUAAAAGCGCCGGUCUCCCCAGGCGACCGGUAACGCGGCGAAGAUGGCGGCUGUGGUGGCGGCGGAGGCCGCGGCGCCCGCAGGCCCGGCCGAGCCGGCCGAAGCGGCGGAGCUGAGCCGCUCCCUGAGCCGCCUGCUGCCCGGGCUGGAGGCCGACAGCAAGCUGGGCCGGCGGCGCGCGCUCGAGGCGCUGCAGCGCGCCCUGGAAGCGGAGCAGCCCGACUCGCCAGCCGCCGAUCCCGCCGCCUUCCAGGGCCCUUGGGCGCGUCUGCUGCUGCCGCGGCUGCUACGCUGCCUGGCGGACCCGGCCGAAGGCUGCCGCGCGCUGGCCGCGCACCUGCUGGCCCUGGGCUUGCGGCGCGCCGCGCGGCCCCGCGACGCUCUGCCGCGCCUGCUGCCCGCGCUCGCCGCGCGCCUGGCCGGCCCGGAGCCCGCGCGCCGCUCGCCGCCCGAGGCCUGCGAGGAGCUGCGCCUGGCGCUCGUGCAGCUGCUGCGGCUGGCGGUGGACCUGGGCGGCGCUGCGCUCGCGCCCCACCUGGACGACGCGGUGCGCGCGCUGCGCUGCACGCUGCUCGACCCUUUCGCCGCCGUGCGCCGCGAGAGCUGCGAGUGCGCCGCGGGCCUGGCGCGUGCCACGCCAGACCACUUCCACAUGCAGUCGGAGUCUCUCGUCGGCCCCCUGAUGCAGAGCAUCUCCCACCAGCACUGGAAGGUCCGCGUGGCCGUCGUUGAGGCCACGGGCACGGUGAUCCAGUUCGGCAGCGGGAAGUCAGUGGACGACGUGCUGCCUCACUUCGCUCAGCGGCUCUUCGAUGACGUCCCCCAGGUGCGGCAGGCGGUGACCCGCGUGGUGGGGGGCUGGCUGCUGGACCUGCGGGACCGGUACUCCUUCUUCCACAAGCUCAUCCCGCUGCUGCUCAGCAGCCUCGACGACGAGAUGCCACACAUCGUGCAUGAGGCUGCCAGCCUCUGGGAGAAGGCCGGCCUGCAGUGGCAGAAGGAGAAUGAGGAGGACCUCAAGGACAAGCUGGACUUUGCCUCUCCCCCUCCCGCCCAUCACCCCUGUCCAGAGCGUCGCCCGGGGCUGGGCUGUCGGGAGCUCGUCUUCAGAAACCUCUGCAAGAUCCUCCCCGCCAUCUGUCACGACAUCACGGACUGGGUGGUGGCGACGCGGGUGAAGUCCGCGCAGCUGCUGGCGGUGCUGCUGCUGCACGCGGAGGACCACGCCACGCAGCACCUGGAGGUCCUGCUCCGGACCCUGCUGCUGGCCUGCGCAGACGAGGAGCCGGCCGUGGUGCGCAGCUGCACCCGGUCCGCGGAGCUGGUGGGGACGUUUGUCAGCCCGGAGGCCGUCCUGAAGCUCAUCUGGCCGAUGCUGAAGAAGUCGCCCUCUGCCUCCGGCCUCCUGGUGCUGGCCUCGGUUAUCCGGGGCUGCCCGAGGGAAGCCCUGCGGCCGCACCUGAGGGCCGUCGUGGCGGAGCUGGCGGGGACGCACGUCCGGCAGGGGUCGGAGGAGCUCCGCUACGGCCAGCACCUGCUGCUGUGUGUGCGGGCCCUGGUGGGCGUGAGCCGCGAGGACUGUCGGGGGUGCGGCCUGCCGCUCCUGCGCGUGCUGCUGACCGUGAUGGCACUCCCGGGGGCCGAGAGCCUCGGCGACCAGGUUCAGGAGACCGUGGACGCGCUGGCCGCGGCGGAGGGCGGAGGUGACAGCCAGGACCUCUACCGCGAGCACACCGGGCCCCUCCUGGAGGCGCUGGCCGGGUCCCAGCAGGACUGGACCGUGCACUCCCCGGAGCUGCUGCAGUUCGUCGCGCUGGUCGCCCACGCAGGCCCUGCCCUCGGAGAAGCGCUGCCCCACCUGGUCCCCGUGCUCCGGGGCUGCCUGCAGCCUGACAGAGACCCCCAGAUGCGCCUGAAGCUCUUCGCCCUCCUGUCCCGGACGCUGCUGAGAGCAAAGGAGACUGUGGACUCCCAAGGGCAGCUCCACAGCUACCUCGACACCCUGAUAAAGGACAUCGUGGCCCCCAACCUGCAGUGGCGAGCGGGGAGGACGGCCGCCGCCAUCCGCACGGCCGCCGUGUCCUGCCUCUGGACGCUUCUCAGCAGCGGCGUGCUGUCGGCUGCACAGGUGCAGGACGUGCGGGAGACGCUGACGCCCCAGCUGCUGACCACCCUGGAGGAGGACUCUCAGACGACGCGGCUGACUUCGUGCCGGAUCCUCGACGCCUUCUUGAAAACCUCUGGCGACGCGAUCGAUGCAGAUAAACUCAUCAAGAUUUAUCCUGAGCUCCUCAAGCGCCUGGAUGACGUGUCCCAGGAAGUGAGGCUGGCGGCGGCCGCCGCCCUGGCCAGCUGGCUGCGGCGCGUCGGGAACGGGGACGGGAAGUCCUACUACCAGAGCCACGUCCAGCACCUGUACCAGGAGCUCCUCGUCUACCUGGACGAUCCCGAGACCGCCGUCCAGGACGCCGUCCAGGAGGUCCUUGAAGCCGGCAGCGGCCUGUUCCCUGACCUGCUGGUGAGGGAGGCGGAGGCCGUGGUCCACAAGCACCGCUCCCCCACGCGCUGCGAGCAGCUCCUGCGGCACGUGCAAGCCGGGCCGCCCGCCCAGUGACCGCGCCGCGGGGCGGGCCUGGUGCCCUCUGCAGCCCACAGCAGCCGAGGACACGGACGAGAAGGCUGUGGCGGCCGGAAGAAUGUGUUUCCUGAGAAAAACGCCUGGCGCUUGUCGAGCCCAACAGUUCCUGGUGUUCACGGAACG